CUCGGGGAGCAGAGCUCUUGUGUCCGUGUCCACCAUGGCUCGCGCUCCUCACCUCCUGCUCCACCUCCUCCUGGGGCUCCUCGCUCUCUGCACAGGUAUCGUCAAUUCGUCUGCGCUGACUCAGCCGCCCUCCGUAUCUGUGGCUCCGGGAAAAACAGCCACACUCACCUGCUCCGGUUUUGACUCUAGCAAUUAUGUGCACUGGUACCAACAGAAAGGUGGCCGGGCCCCUGCACUCGUCAUAUAUAAUGACAACGAGAGACCCUCCGGGAUCCCCAACCGUUUCUCCGGCUCCAGCUCCGGGACCACGGCCACGCUGACCAUCGCCGGGGCCCAGGCUGAGGACGAGGCCGAUUAUUACUGUCAGCAGGAGAGUGGCACUGCGUGGUAUAUAUUCGGCGGCGGGACCCAGCUCACCGUCCUAGGUCAGCCCAAGUCAUCUCCCACCGUGAAUGUGUUCCCUCCGUCUUCCGCUGAGCUGGACUCCAAAAAGGCCACCCUGGUGUGCCUGCUUAAUGGUUUUUACCCGAGCUCCGUGACUGUGACCUGGAAGGCGAAUGGUGCGACCGUGACUUCAGGCGUGGAGACGACCAAGCCCUCAAAGCAGACGGACAACAAGUACAUGGCCAGCAGUUACCUGUCCCUGACCCCGGACCAGUGGAAGGCAAAAGACAGCUACACCUGCCAGGUCUCCCACGACGGGAAGGUCUUCGAGAAGUCCGUGUCCCCAUCCGAGUGCGCUUAAUCUUGGGAUCCUUGCAGCCCCUUAUCUCCCUUGGUUCCUUCCCACUUCUGUCUCUGGGCCCCAGGUGUCCACACAGUGAGAGACUGACUCCAUUGUCCCCCCGACUUUCCUGUCUCAGGCCCCAGGAUCCAUCCCUCCAACAAUAAAGACUCUUUCCUUUCUCACUCAA